AAAGUCUUGAAGUUGUUUUUGAAGAGAGCCGAAAGCACAGAGGAGCUGAGGAAUGGAGCAACUAGCAAAACUCCUCCUGUGGCAGAUUCUGCUUCAGCAAAGUUCUGUGUGUUCAUAUUCAGUCCCAGCUGAUGCCUCAAACCCAGCCAGUGUGGUGGUGUCUGUGUUGAACAUCAGUGCCCCCUUGGGCUCUCAGGCCUUGCUGCCCUGCAAGAGCCACCGCAUGGUGUGGACCCAGGAUCGCCUCAACGACCGCCAACGCGUGGUGCACUGGGAUGUCUACAGCACCUACUAUGGGGACAACAAGAUGGAGAGGCUGUGUGACAUGUACUCAGCUGGGGAUCAGCGUGUCUACAGCUCCUACAACAGAGGGAGGAUAUUCAUGCCUGAGAAUGCCUUUACAGAUGGCAACUUCUCCUUGGUCAUCAAAGGUGUUGCAGAGAGUGAUGAAGGCAUAUACUCCUGCAAUCUUCACCACCACUACUGCCACUUGUAUGAAACUGUGAAAAUCCAGCUAGGCAUCACCAAGGAAGCUGAGGAGGUCAGUGAGUACUGGGACGGGGAGAAGCCUGUGAUCGUGGCCCUGAAAGGCAGCACAGUGAUGCUUCCCUGCGUGAAUCGUGACCACAUCUGGACAGAACGGCACAGUGAGGAGGAGCAGCAGGUGGUGCACUGGGACAGACAGCCCCCAGGGGUUCCCCACGACCGCGCCGACCGCCUCAUCGACCUCUACGCGUCCGGCGAGCGCCGCUCCUACGGCCCUCUGUUCCUCAGGCAGAAAAUGAACAUCACCGACACGGCCUUCGCCCUGGGGGACUUCUCCCUGAGGAUCUCAGAGCUGGAAAGUGCAGAUGAAGGCACUUACUCCUGCCACCUGCACCAUCACUACUGUGGCCUGCACGAGCGCAGGAUCUACCGAGUCUCCGUGACGGAGCCGGUGAGGGAGAAGAAGGUGGUGAACCUCACAACUCACAACAUCGCUCCGGCUGUAGAUCCAAACGUUGUCAGGGGCCACAAUGUCAUAAAUGUCAUCAUCCCUGAGAGCAGGAUGCACUUCUUCCAGCAGCUGGGCUACAUCCUGGCAACUCUGCUGCUCUUCAUCGUCCUCCUCAUCGUCGUCGUCCUCGUCACCCGCAAGCGCCGGCAGAGAGGUUAUGAAUACAACGUGAAGAAAUAUGGAGAAAAGGAUGUGAAUCUGAAAGAAUUUACAGUAGACACAACAGAUCUGACUCCACACAAAAGUGAAGACAUCAGGCUGGAUUACAAAAACAACAUCCUGAAGGAGAAGGCUGAGCAAGCCAGAAGCUUCCCAGCAAAGAACAUUGAUUUAGACAAAGAUUUCAGGAAGGAAUACUGUAAAUGAAGCCAUUCCCAAGCUGCUGGCUGGACCAGGAGCUUCCAUCCAGGAUAGACACAUGGAAGAGAGAUGCCUUGUCUUAGCACCAUCUCCCUCCAUUUCC